AAGCAAACUCAACUGUUGAGCCCACAGGGCAAACAACUUUCAGUCUAGGUCAAAUCCCCGUUUGCUGAUCUGUAAUUACUGACAAAACCAAAGCGCAACUGCAAGUAGACAGUAGACACUGGACACGACCCUCCUUUUACUCCUCCUCCUCCUCCUCUUUCUCCCUCCUCUCCAAGUUAACAACUUUGAAACCCCCCAACCCCAACAUUCCAAUGUAGAAAGAGAGAGAGAGAGAUGCCCUGGUCCUCUUCCUCGUCGCUAUGCUCGCGUGUUCGCUCGUGGGUUCGCGAUUACGAUCGGAUCCAAUCCCUCGCCGUCACCCUCCUCUACAUCCAAAUUGGUUGCGCUCUUCUUGGAUCACUCGGUGCGUUGUUCAACGGCGUGUUGUUGAUCAAUUUGGUCGUGGCGCUCUUUGCUCUCGUCGCCAUCGAGAGCAGUAGCCAGAGCCUCGGCCGGACCUACGCCGUGCUUCUCGUCUGCGCUAUCGUGCUGGAUAUCUCUUGGUUCAUAUUUUUCUCACGCACCAUAUGGUAUGCUUGCUUGGUUUAUCGGACACUUACAGGGAGCAUAGCUCCGGAGAAAUAUGGGCCGCUCUUCGCUUUCUCCGUGAAACUUGCUUUGUCAAUGCAAACUAUUGGUUUCUCUGUAAGGCUCUGUUCAUCAGUCCUAUGGAUUCAGAUGUACAGAUUGGGGAUUCCAAGUUUCAAUAGCAUCCGCGAAGAAGAUUUUGACGUGAGGGAAAAUUUUCUGAAUUCAAAUUCUGAUGACAAUUUAGAUUGUUUCCUCAAUGAUUCGGCUUAAAUUUUUCCUCUUUUCCAAGAUACUUGUGACAAAGGGGGACAUCAUCAUAAGGCUGAUCCUUCAUUGGAAAAGCUGCGAACAAAUACUGCAUUAUUAACCGACAUUUGGAUUUUGGGCCUUGCUCGAUAACAUCUAUCGUGCUCGUAUAUGUACAGUUCCUAUCUUUUGAGCCAUUUUACCCUGCAUACAGUGAAUUUAUACAGAGAGAACCACACCCUUCUCUUGCUUUUCCAUAUUAUGUAAAUAGUCAAGUUGUAGUUAUCGUCUUAUCGGUACUUCUGGUCGGCACAUUUUGAGUGAAGAGAUUUAGGAGAUUUGAUGGCAAUUUUUCUUCGCAUAUUUCUUGCAGAAGAUUUAAGCUUUUCUCUUUUAACAUCUGGUUUUUGCACCAGAUGAACA